CUUGCAGUAUCAAAGUUUUUUCUUUGGACUUUAUUUUCAAGUUAAACAUAAUAUAAAAAUGACUCGUGCAAUCUUUUCACUAUUGACUGUAUUGGUUCUUGCCAACAUAGUUUCGGUAUUGGGUCAAAAAGUUAAAACUAUUAAUGAAGCGGAUUCCGAUUGGAGAGAAGGAAUCGCAUCAACAAUUGAAGAGUGCAAAUAUCUUAUGUCAGAAGAAACGGCUUCAUAUUUGGAAGAUGACUAUGAAUACGAUAAUAAUGAAGUUCGAGAUUUUUUGGGUUGUCUUUACACUAAGCUUGGAUACAUGAAAGACUGUAAGAUGGUAGCCGAUACAAUUCAUAACGAUGUUAAUAUAUAUUUUGAUGGCGUGGACUCAGAAACAUGUGACGCUGUUCAUGACGCAGUAGACUUUUGUUGUAAACACGAAGUUGAUGAGCAUGACUCUUGUCCGGAUGCUGCUGGAAAGUUCACUAAUUGUCUCAACAGGAAAAAGAAGAAUGACGUAGAGAAAUAA